AUGCAAGGUGCAAAGGAGGCAUUCAAGCGCUUUGAUAAGCGCGGGCAGGACAAGAUUUCUACAAACGACCUUGGGCCCCUCUUUCGUGCUCUCAAUCUGACUGUGAAGCCGGACACUCUGAAGGAGUGGGCGGAUUUGGUGGACGAAGAAGCCACCGGUUUUAUCGACAUCAAGGGCUUCCUGAUCCUCUACGCCCGAAAACUGCAGGAGGAUCAGGAUGAGCGCGAUCUGCGAGAGGCUUUUCGAGUUCUGGACAAGAACAAACGAGGUGAAAUCGACGUGGAAGACCUCAGGUCAGUCUGCAUUUAA